CUGGGGAGCAAAUCAAGGCGAUUGAUGCGCGGGAUCAUGUCUGAGGGGAACCCGGUUUGCGAAAUCAUAGAACAUUCCGGAAAAAAAAGUGACGUCUUCAUGAAGUUUUAACUGUCACACACUCUCAGCUUCAAACACCGGACACAGAUCCAAGAUGCCCAUUCCUCCCCCUCCCCCUCCACCCGCUGGACCCCCGCCUCCACCCACUCUCAGCCAGGCAAACACAACUCCUCCCAAGCUGAGCCGAGAUGAAGCCAAGGGCAGGGGCGCUCUGCUCUCGGACAUCUGCAAAGGGGCCAAGUUGAAGAAAACGACCGGAGUCAAUGACAGGAGCGCUCCUUUGAUUGAGAAUCCGAAAGGAAGCGGUGGAGGUGUGUCCAGCAGUGGAGGUGGUUCUUCAGCACCGGUGCAGCCAGUGGGAGGCUUGUUUCAGGGUGGCGUCCCAAAAUUGCGACCCGUUGGAGAUGGUUCUGCAGGCCGGUCUGCAUUGCACCCUCAUGGCACUCGCUCUGCUGCCCCUCGCCCCCCCGGCAAUCACGAAGACCCCGACAGUCCCUCUCAGCAGACCUCUCCUCCUGAGUCAAGCCGUCCGCAGAGACCGUCCCUUCCUGAUCUGUCCCGUUCCCCCGCUGGAGGCAGCAGCCCCUCUCCAGGUAUGAAGCACAGCUCUUCUGCUCCGCCUCCACCUCCCCCAAUGUCCCGACGUGGUAACGCUCCUCCUGCUCCACUGCAGAAGGCCAACGCACCCUUGUACAAUCGAGAAAAGCCUCUUCCCCCGACUCCAGAGCAGCGCGGACCCUCUCCAGCACCAGUGCGGGAAAAUGCCCCCCCUCCGCCUGUUAAACCUCCUCCGUCUCCUGCGAGCAGCCGCUCUUCUUCAUCCUCCUCUUCCUCUCUGGCCCCGCCUCCUCCUCCGUAUCGCCAGCAGUCUGGGCUUUCCAAUGGACCCUCCAGUCCUGUGAAUGAAGCAGCCCCUGAACUGCCCCAGAGACACAACUCGCUCAGCAAGAAGCCUUCAGCUGCUGGACACACACCGACCCGUGGACAUGCACCGCCUCCACCUCCAUCACCCACCCCGCAGGCUGGCAGACCCCCUCCUCCAGCACGAGAGCCCCCUGGACGAGGAGCAGCUCCUCCAGUUCCCGGGCAGCCAUCGAGGAAUGGUCGUGAUGCUCCUCCGCCGCCUCCACCACCUUACCGGACUCAUGGCACCAGCUCAGACGCCCCAAGCCGAGGCAAGCCCCCUCCUCCCCCCUCUCGCACCCCAGCUGGACCCCCGCCCCCUCCCCCACCUAUCCGAAAUGGACACACCUCCAUCUCCCGCUCCUUCGUAGAUGAUUUUGAGUCCAAGUAUUCAUUUCAUCCUCUGGACGACUUCCCUCCUCCAGAAGAGUACAGACACUUCACAAAGAUAUACCCUAGCAAAGCUAACAGAGUAAUGAGAGGAGCGCCGCCUUUGCCACCUGUAGGAAGGUAAACACUGUGAGCUGGAUCAGAGACGAGGGUUCUUCACACAGACCUAUACGCUUCUAAACAGACAAUCUCACAUGCACAUCUAAAGACACAACGCCUGCACCUUAUUAACAGCCAUCCCCCCCCCCAAUCGGAUAACAUUCAA